CCUGCAAGGAUCACAGCUUUGAGAUGCAGCAGCAUGGAGCCCCCAGCCCUGGAAACUCCCUCUCCAGCAGCCACCUGCUGGGACGCCCUGCCCGCUCCUCAAAGCUCCCUGGAGGGGUGUCACCCCUCAUCCCUGUCCUCAGGAAAACCAUCCAUCUGGAUGCCUUCCCUCAAAGCCACAUCCCACAGGCUUCCGGCCGACCGGGCCCGGGAGCCGGAGCCUGGAGUGUGUCCUCACCGGAGACCAAGCCCCGGAAACUCAGCUCCACCUCCUUAACACUCCGUCAGAACAGCCAGGCAUGGCCCUUGGGCCCCCUGCCUUCUCACUGGGAAGAGCUGCCCGCCCCGGGCAGGGAGGCUGCCACCCAUGGAGGAGGGAGGCUGCCCACCCCAGCCUCACGAUCUGUCUCCCUAGUGCCAGGGGGCAGAGUCCACUCUGAGGGCCCAGGGAACCCAGGAUUGGCCAAACCCAGCAGGAUGCCCAUAGUGGAGAAGCCCCUGGUGAGUUCCUACCUGGCCCUGCCAUUUCAAUCCCGGUUAGCCCAGAAAUCACCAGGCCCUGCAGGGCCAGGCUCGGUGGGUCAGAAACACCCUCUCCCAGUGGCUGCCCACGUGACUACCAGAACUUCUCCAGGAAGAGGCAAGCCCCGGUCCAGGGGUAUCCCGAGACCCCAGAUGCAUCUCCAAAGGGCCACCUCCACCAUGGGUCCUGCGACAGCCAUGGAUUUGGCUCCUCUGGACACAACCAGGCCAGGCAUAGUCAGACAUGUCACUACGAUGGUCACCAACAGGCCUAGUUUGACUAUCAAUCUGGCCGCACCAAGCACAUCCACAGUGGAUACAGGCACAGAGUUCCCUGCUCUGGAUACCAAGCUGGGCACAGCCACGGACUUUGCUACAGAAGGCACAACCAAGUUGGACACGGUCAUGGAUUUGGUAACCCCAGACCCAGAGAAGCUGGGCAAAGCCAUAGCUACAGCAGGCACAGCCAAGUCAGAUACAACCACAGGGGGUGCAGCCACGGAUUUGGUGGUACCAGGUGCAGUCAAGCUGGGCACCACCAGGACAGACACAGCCAUGGCUUUGGCUAGAGUGAAUACAGCCAAGCUAGACAUAACUACAGAUUCUUUUGCUUUGGACACAAGCAAGCUGGGCACAGCCAUGGGGGAGACCACACUGGACAGAGUCAUUAACCUGACCACAUCAGCCACCUACCCACUGAUGCCAAGCAGAAGCACAGACCCAGCCCCGGACCGUGCUACUGCGGAUGCUGUGACAGAUGGGACCACAGAGCCCAUCAUGCUGGACCUAGCCAGAGAAACCAAAGGGCUCCCGGAGGCCAGGACGGACGCAGCCAUGUCAGAGCUGGUGCCUGAGCCCAGGCCUAAGCCGGCAGUGCCCAUGAAACCUGUUAGCAUCAACUCAAACCUGCUGGGCUACAUUGGCAUCGACACCAUCAUCGAGCAGAUGCGCAAGAAGACCAUGAAGACUGGUUUUGACUUCAACAUCAUGGUGGUCGGUCAGAGCGGACUGGGCAAGUCAACGCUGGUCAACACGCUCUUCAAAUCCCAGGUGAGCCGCAAGGCCUCCAGCUGGAACCGGGAGGAGAAGAUCCCCAAGACUGUGGAGAUCAAAGCCAUUGGGCACGUGAUAGAGGAAGGCGGGGUCAAAAUGAAGCUGACGGUCAUCGAUACCCCGGGCUUCGGAGACCAGAUCAACAAUGAAAACUGCUGGGAACCCAUCGAGAAGUACAUCAAUGAACAGUAUGAGAAGUUCCUGAAGGAGGAGGUCAACAUUGCCAGGAAGAAACGCAUCCCUGACACUCGUGUCCACUGCUGCCUCUACUUUAUCUCCCCCACGGGACACUCCUUACGACCUCUCGAUCUGGAGUUCAUGAAACACCUCAGCAAAGUUGUGAACAUCAUCCCUGUCAUUGCUAAGGCUGACACCAUGACCCUGGAGGAGAAGUCUGAAUUCAAGCAAAGGGUUCGAAAGGAGCUUGAAGUAAAUGGCAUCGAGUUCUACCCACAGAAGGAAUUUGAUGAGGAUUUGGAGGACAAGACGGAGAAUGACAAAAUCCGGCAGGAGAGCAUGCCUUUCGCUGUGGUGGGCAGCGACAAGGAGUACCAAGUGAAUGGCAAGCGGGUCCUCGGCAGAAAAACUCCCUGGGGGAUCAUCGAAGUGGAAAACCUCAACCACUGUGAGUUUGCCCUGCUUCGAGACUUUGUCAUCAGGACCCACCUCCAGGACCUCAAGGAAGUGACACACAACAUCCACUAUGAGACCUACAGGGCCAAGCGGCUUAAUGACAACGGAGGCCUCCCUCCGGGAGAAGGCCUCCUGGGCACUGUCCUUCCACCCGUGCCAGCCACCCCCUGCCCCACUGCUGAAUGAAGGCCAUUCCAAGUGCUGCUUCUCCCUCCAUCCCUCCCAGCUGUUAUUGCUGCGGGGCCGUGGCCUUUUUAGUGCCGUGCUUGCCCAGCCCACCACCACAGCCCCCCUCAGCUCUCAGCAGGUUGGAGGGGCCAAGCUGCCUCCUUAGGACAGUGGCUUCCUCCAUUUAUCCAAACCACCCCCUCUCCUCCCAGUGGAACGGAGCUCUCGCCAGCACUGCCCUCCUCCAUCGUCCGUGUCAGCCGGUCCCAGCCCAUCCGUAGGGUGAAAGAACUCAUCAGGAGCUCCUUCUGCCCUUGCAAACCCAUACCAGCUACUUGUAACCAUCUCCAAGAGAAAUGGCAUUGCUCCCCGCCCGUUCAUCUGCAUGAGCUCCUCUUGGCUUCCUUCAAGGGUCAAGAAAGCAACUUUUCUGCUUGUCAGGUUUGUUGAUGUCAGCUGUGUGAGCCCCAGUGUGGGACAAGGGUGUCUCCUUCAUUGCCUAAAGCUUAUUUAUAAUGAUGGGUCACUACAGAUGUGGGGGGAGCAAGGGCUAGGGUCACUUAAAAAAAAAUCACCAUUUGUGGCUGGCCCAGGAUGCAGUCUCACACACACACACACACACACACACACACACACACACACACACCCCUGCCCCCAUAAUGCAGCCACUUAGGAAGAGUGGUUUUCCUGGAGAGACAUUUCUGGAAUUGCCUUCCUUAUCCUCAAACUUUAAAAAACAAAACAAAACAAAACAAAAA